AUGUCUCUCACGGCGCCAGCUUCAUCUUCAUUCACGUCCAGUUCCAUCGUUCCGGGUUCUGCGCCGACGGCACUGCCACCAACAACUUCGGCUUCCAUCACGGGGAGCGGUGGCAAUGGCGCCUCCUAUAUCACAGCCAACCCUUACCCGCCCUUGACAACGCAUUGGAACCGGCCGAUGAGCUGCACGUGGACGUACGUGUAUGACAGCGACCUGCCGGCGGGGGUCUCAGAACCCAUUGCGUAUCUGGACUUGGAACCUCUUCCGGGCGCUUCUACUCUGUCCUGCUACCCAGAUGGCAUGUUCUACGAUGGACGCACCGGCGUGUUCAGCCCUGCGACGUGCCCCUACGGAUGGACGACUGUGUCUCUUGCGGUAAACACUGACCAGGAUGAGGAUGAGGCAACUACCACAGCAUUGUGCUGUUCAUCGUACGUUGAGCGAGGUUUUGAUUCUGCAGCUUUUGGUGCUAAACUUUUUUCCCGCAGCGAAUACUCUUAUGCCGGCGGGCAUUGCAAGCGCCAGGUUCCCACGGUUCUGGCAGUCCCCAUCAUAUACAACCGCACAGCCGCCACAUACGAUGUGUUGACCAACUCAACCACCACGCUCUACAGCGCCACCAUUGCGGUCAACACCAUUCGUGCACUCUUUAGAGAGCAAGAUAAGCCGCUCCUCGGCUUGACAAACGAGGACGACAUCGACGAUGAGCGGGAAGACGACCGCGGACUAUCGAUGAGCGCCAAGAUUGGGAUCGGGGUUGGCGUGACACUGUUCGGCUUGUUCAGCAUCGGAGCGGCUAUUUUAAUCUAUCUAUGGAGGCGAGACCGAAGAAAAAAGGGUCACCCAAGCGGCACGUCGCACGAGCUCGGCGUUGUACAGAGGACACAGGGGCAAAUGUACACCAACUCGCCACGGGGCUCGCAUCGACGAGCUCGUGAACGCAGUGCCGAGCCGCCUCCCGCAUACGACUUUACCACCGAAACCAACAGCGUCGCAGAUAACGACGGCGAGGACGCGACCGUGGCCCGGGAUGGCCAAAUCCAGGUUCUGAUGGCGCAGAAGGCCGCCAUUCAGCGACGCAUCGACGAGCUGGAAAGGGCCUCUGGAGAUGAAGGCAGGGAUGAGCCUCGUGAGGGGUAA